AUGCGCAAGACUGCGAAAACGACAACUGCAGGUAUGAUGAAGUUGGACAGACGCGAGGUUAUCAACAGGGACUUAGUACUUGGAGACGCGAUUGGGGCGGGAGCCUACGGCCGGGUAUUCAUGGCAGAGCCUAUCCACUCCAGCAAACACCCUCAGUCCGACUACCCCCCACGUUUUGUGGUGAAAAUCAUUAACAGGGGGUUGUGCACCCCCGACUUCAUCGAAUGCGCGAACCGAGAGCUAAAGGCAGUGAGCGGUCUUUGCCACCCGUGCGUAGUGAAGUAUAUCGACGUGUGGGUGGAGACUGGGCCGGGGAGCUACCAGGGUAGCUACUGCAUCGCCAUGAACUAUUGCGAUGGUGGCGAUCUGCACAACUACAUCAGGACAUGCAUUAAACGCAAGCAGUAUCCGUCCUCCGAGGUCGUGGUUCGUGUGAUGGCGUGUGUGUUGUCAGCGCUCAGCUAUUGUCAUGCACGAAGCGUCAUCCAUCGCGACAUCAAGCCCGCGAACAUUUUUCUUGUGAGGGGCGAGCGUGGCGCAAUCGAUCAGGUGCUUAUCGGGGAUUUUGGUUUGGCGCGGCCGCUAGCUGAUGACACGCAAAUGGUAGCAACACGAGUUGGCACGCCGUGCUACUGCUCCCCGGAGAUUGUGAGCGCUGAACUCUAUACGGGCAAAACAGACAUUUUUUCUGCUGGUGUGACGUUUUACGAGCUGAUGAAACUGGAACGGCCUUUCUGGAAGUCACAAUACAAGGACUUUGACGUCUUUGAGCGGAUUCUGCGUUGGGACCCGAUACCCUAUUUGUCAGCACACUCUUUGGGGCGAUUCAGUACGAACCUUGUUAGACUGGUGGCUCGGUGCCUAAGCAAAUACGAAUUGAAGCGGCCCUCUGCAUACUUUCUCCUCAUCCACGUCUCUGAGGUCCACGAGGAGGCGUUGAGGAUGCACCUGCCGAUAUACUCGACUCAGGGCAUCCUGUACACGAAGGCCGGGGAGGGGGCUGACAGGGAGCCUAGCCGGGAGUGUGGCGAGGUGCGCAGGAAUUCAGCGGUACGUCACCGCGGGUGUACACACGAAACGUCUCCGAAGGCGGCUGUGGCUGUGCCCCCUGGCGCAGUGGCUGGACUUGAAUCAGCGCCAGAACCGAGAUACCCCUUUGAUAAAGGGGAUAUCGUCUGA